CUGUACGUGUGUAUGCAGCCCAGGCGGCUCUGUUAAACGGAUUAUUAGUCAGCCGGAGUGUGAUAAAAAUCAUGCCUGCUAACGGUUCAGACACUGUUUUGGUCAGGCCGUCCUUCACCACUCGUAUUUACUGAGGGAUGAAGAGCAGAAAACAGAGGGCGGUCAAAGCUGGAAGCAGCAAGAGGAAAGUCUCCAGCGAUGUGUCCCCCUCCACCAGCCUCCCUCCUCUGGUCGAGGGCCAGCUGAGAUGCUUCCUGCGGGUGACAGUAAGCCGGGUGUUAUGGACAGUCCACAAGCCUCCGUCUACAACGUUCGUCAGGCUUCGCUGGUGGGGAGAGUCGUCCAACGGGACGCACUUCUUUCCAAGGGAUGGAUCUCAGCUCUCACAGAAGACCAUCAAGACCACAGCUCGCUUUGCCAUCCGCUGUGGGCCAAAGCAGUUCACCUCAUAUCUAACGGAUAUGGGCUCACUGGUGCUGGAAGUUCUGACAAAAGCGGAUCAUUUGCCAAUCGCACGGGCUCAGGUCGCUGGGAUCUCCCGUCUCUCCCUGUCACACCCCAUUGGUGGAUUUUACACCCUUGUAUCUCCUACAUCUGAAAAGCUGGGAGAGCUACAGGUUUCACUUAAUUUGGAGCCUCUGACUGAAGCCUAUGACAGCAGCAGCUCAGGUCCCACCACAGACAUCAGUGCUGAAGGACCACAAGUCACCACACUGCCUGUGCCCUCGCAGCCCAGAUCACUCUCCGCUGGCAGCGGGAAAGAAUCAGUGGGGAGCAGCAGUGGAAACACACCAAGAGGGAAAGACCACUUAUAUUUCCAAAAUACCCAGAAAAACAGCAAAGAACAACCACAGGAGAAUCAGGCGCCGUUAGCAAACAGACCUCAGAACAGUCAAACAGCUGUGAAUGCUUCAAGUCAGGAAACCUGUGGACAAACAACCAAUGAUGUCCUCUCAGUUAUUUUAGAGCGUGGCAACAAGCUUAGAAACGCUAUGGUUUUAUCAGCUUUGACAUGUGACAUGGAUUCUGCCACAGCUCUGAAAGAUGCCCCUCUGCCUCUUCCAAAGGACAAUAUCCUACCACCUUCCAAGCCUGUUACUUUUCCUUCUGGGACUUUUCUUGAAAAUAUUCUGCAUUCUGACUCAACUCACAAACACUCCGACGAUGUUGCUGUCGUCUCAGACUGCAGCUUAGACUGUGCUGCAGACAUGGACAACAGAGCUGUGGACCUUCUCCUUGGCAGCUUAAACACCUCUCCUCAGCCUCUCUUGGAUGGAGAGAGCUUUUCUGCUGAAUCUCUGUCUGGCCACAGCAGUGUUUGUGGGGAUAGUGAGCUCAAUGAUCCACAAUAUGAUCAGAGCUUACUGGAAAAUUUAUUUUACAAAACCCCUAUGUCAGAUAGCCGACCAGAUGACACAGAGACAACGGGUCAAGGAACAAUGUCCUCGGGUAAAAAUCAGCCAAAACAGCUGACACAGUCGGGACCCAAGAUUAGUGGAGGUUCAAAUUCAGAGGCUCAGCGGGCUCCAGAUGCUGGUAGUAUUAUUCCUGGCCUGAGUGCUGGACAGUUAACUUUGCUGAGUUCGAUCCAAGUGGCAAGAGUGACCAUUGAAUCCCUGACUGUACCUACAAGCAGUACGACCGCCACACCUAGAAAGACUUCUAACAAGGGGAAACCUCCUCGACCAUUACCCAGCAAAAAAUGCACUUAUUUUGUUGAGUAUGUGUUCCCAAUGGCAUCCACUUCCAGUCGACGUGAUCGUGGUAAAGCUGGAGAUGGGGAGGUGACCAGAGUUGCUUCCAGUAAAGUCACAGGAGGAGCUGUGAAGUUCCUCCAACCCUCUGUGUUUCCUGUGCGCUUCAGCACAGCAGCAGUUAAACAAUGGUUGCAAACUGAUCUGGUUUUCAAGAUUUACUCACGAAAGAGUGACCAAAAGAAACCUGUUCUCAUCGGUAAAGCAAUCCACCCACUGCGCUGUCUGCUGCAGAGCAAGCAGCUGAGUGAAUCUGUCGUCUUACCUGUACAGAGCCUGGAAGGAAAGAGUGAAACGCAGGGGAUUGGACCUCUUGUGGUGUCACUAGAACUUGAAACAGACAGCAAAGAUUUCUCCUCUGGACACAGCAAAGGCAAGCUGGCUUGGAGAGACACGUCACCUUCACAAACUGCACACAGUCCACAGAGAGAGACCAGCCCCAGACCUCAGCAUGUUCAAACUGGCAAAGAGGAAUUACCAGUUCACUCUUUAGAAGACUCCAGGCUAAAUGUUUGGAGUCCUCAGAAACCACGGAAGGAACCCUCGCCUCAUCCUGGCCUCCACACAUCUCCUUGUAAAUCACGGCAGCAGGUGGAGGAGGACCCAGAGGUUCUACUGCAUACCUUGCUCAUGGUGCCAGAUGGAAAGAACUUCAUCUGUGGGCCCAUGCAGGCUCCAAAUGUUUACUUGAACUGUAAACUCUUUUGGUGUGAUGAGAUGGCGAGGUCUGCCGUCAGCUGGGGUCAGGCAAACCCUUCUUUCAACUUUGCUCAGGUGACCCCGGUUGCCUUAACAACUAAGCUUUUGGAGCGGAUGAAGAACAAUGUGAUGGUAAUCGAGCUGUGGCAGAAAAUGGGAAGCUCAGGGCAAGAUCGACUCCUGGGCCUUGUUAAAUUACCUCUUCACCAGUUCUAUAUGUCAUUCAGAGAUCCAAAGAUCACCCACCUUCUUCUCCAGGCACAGUACCCUGUUUUAGGGGUGGACUGCUACAUGCCAGUCAUUGAUGUGUUCUCAGGAAGUUGUAAAGGAAACCUCAGGGUUGUUUUGGCUAUGGGAGGAUCAGAGCAGAUAGUUGCCCUCCAGCGCACAAGAGAUGAGGAAUAUAACUAUUUGUCUCAUCUUGUGAAACCAGUUCAUCUGCUUGAUCACCAGCCACAUUUACAAACAAAGGGGAUGGCAGCUCAAGAGGAAGCUAUGAGAGAACAUCUGUUUGUGAUAAGAGUGGAGAAGGUCAGCGGGCUGACACCUCUGCAGUCCACAGUUUGGGGUGAAGCUGACUGUUACAUCCAGUACAGUUUUCCAUGUCAGGAUGUUGACCCUGCUGCAACAGUGGAUCAAAACCUCAUAGAGAGUACUGUGAACCUGAAGCCGUUUCGUACCACCACCACUCUCUGUGUGCCUGACCCGGCGUUUGGCCACACUGAGACUCAUGUGCUUCUGGCUCCUGAAGGAGUGCCUGUCCAAAGGUUGCUGCUCAGCUCUCUUGCAAGUCAAGGCCUCAGCAGUGGAGGAGGCAUCCAGUUUGAAGUGUGGUGCAGAUAUUAUUAUCCAAAUGUCAGAGAUCAGCUUGUGGCCAAAGGACUGCUUCCACUGUCCAAGCUGUGUGCAAUGGUCACCAUGCAGAGACAACAUCGUAAUGAGGCCCAAAUGUUCUCCCUGCCCCUGAUUCCCAGGACAGAUAGUCCCACAGGACAUCAACCCCAGCCCUCAGGCCUGCUGGAUGUGUGCAUUCAGUACAAGCACCGGGCUGUGAGGCCUAAUGGACAGACUGGUAGAGGAGCUGCCUCUCGUGUUGUGACCCUUGUGGUUCAAGUGCACAGAGCAUCAGGUCUGCAGGCAGCAGCAAGGUUAAUAUCAGAACAAGAUGAAAGGUUCAGCUAUUUUGCUGGUGUGGGUGUGAACACAUACGUCACAGUGCAGCUCUCCUUCUUGCCUGAGAGUGAGAGGAGGUGUACCCGCAUCGCUGCCAGGACCUUCUGCCCCGAGUUUGACCACCACACGGAGGUGUCCUGUGAUCUGCUGGUUUCCAGGAGCAGUGGAGAGACCUGCAGCCUGGCUGAGCAGCUGGAAGAGGCUUCGGCUGUCUUCACUGUGUGGAACAAAGACAAUCGCAGAGCAGUGAAUGUUUCCAAGCCUAAAGAUGUGAUGUUGGGCACAGUGAAAAUACCAAUGUCUGAUCUCAUCCAUAAAAGAACAGGUAUUUCCGGCUGGUUUGGAGUGUAUAUGCCUCAGGAAACAAGUUCUUCUCAGCACCAGCACGUCUUGGUCGGAGGUCUAGAGAUCUCCGUCAACUUUGCCCACCACUCGGACAGAGAAAGAGUCAUUAAAGCUGCUCAGGCUUUGGGCUGGGUAAUGGCCCAGAGUGACUAUGAAAAGCAGGAUGAUGAUGAAGCCUGGGAAGAAAGCAUGAAGAAACUCUCUCUGACUUUUUCGAUGCCUAGAGCGUGGAUACCAGUCCACUGUUUGCUUCUGCCAGGGCACAGUGAGCUUCAGCGCUCCACCUAUUGCUACUUCAGGUACAAGUUUUAUGACCAGGAGGCCUUCUGUUCUCAUAUGAAACACCCGUCCGUUGAAGAGGGUGGGAGGGACGGCCAGGCCACUGUGAGUUUUGAAGGAAGUAGGACUGUGGAGCUAAGGAGGACUCAACCUUUAAUCUGGUAUCUACAAGAGGAGAGGCUAGAGGUGCAGGUGUGGGUUGCCUUUAAGAAGGAAAAAACCAGAAGACCCACUGACACAGACCGGCUGGUUGGCUCAGCAUUUGUCGAUCUGUCCUCUCUUACAAAGACGCACAAACAGAAGCUGACUCUCAGUGGCGUGUACCCGCUGUUCAGGCGCUCUGCAGCAGAUCUACAAGGGGCAGCUCUCAGAGUGCACAUCACCCUGACAGCAGGUUCUGUCCCCAGGGAGGUAUCUGUUGGAGCUGACACUCAGGUGGACUCUGACAGCCUAGAGGAACUCUUAUCAGAAGAGGUGGAAACAGCAGAUCGCCCCCCCUCGCCCACCACCCCCAAAAAAUGUACACAAAACAGACAUAAGAACAAAUCCUCCAGAACCACUCCAGAUAUCUCAUGUGUGCAGCAUACAGAGAUGAGCAUGGAUGAAUCUUUCCCUGUGACUGUCACGGUGGACCGGGCCAUGCACCUGAAUCUGAAAGGCUGUCCUCUGGCAGAGCGCAGUGAAGGGACACCAUGCUGCUGUGUUUCAUAUGUCACUGCUGACUCUGCCGAACCAGUGUCCACAACUGUCAUAGCCAACACUGACUCCCCCGUGUGGGACCAUCAGCACGAGUGCAGGCUUUCAAAGCAGCUACUGGUUGAUCCAGAACAAUCUCUCGUGUUCAAAGUCUGGCACAAAGGAGAAAUGGAAAGGGUGCUUGGCUUUGCCUCUGUAGACCUGUCCCCUUUACUCUGUGGUUUCCAGUCAGUGUGUGGUUGGUACAACAUCACAGACUUCAGUGGUCAGUGUCAUGGCCAACUCAAAGUGUCCAUCACUCCGCUAAAGGGGGUCCACGACCUCAGAGGACAGAGAAAAACUGUGAAUGAAGAAGCUGCCAAAAACUCGUCGGCUUUAUUUCAGGCCCUUCCUCUCAGCUAUCGUACCACAGCCACCUAUAGUAGCUUCCCCUCUCACAUCAGCCGCUACCCCGAGCAGAAGAUCUCGUCACCUGACCACACGGACAAGCUGUUCUCUCAAAGGUCCAAUGACAGUGACCGUCAUUUUGAGCACAUGGACAAAGUACGUCUUUACCAUCAGGGUCUGCAGGAACAAACAGCAGCUCACUCUGUCUGCAGCAGCGGUGCAGGUGACAUCAAUCCCUCCAGCUCACUCCUGUUUUCAGCACUCAGGAAAAAACUGAGCGAGCUCGACAACAUCCAGAGAUAUUUCACUCGUAAACUUUCCACUCCCACCUUCUCGUCUGUGACUGAGCAUGACUGUCACCCUGAGCACCAGGAACAGAGGGAGUCAGAGACAGACACAAGUCAGCUUCUUCUCAAGUCCAACCAGUUAGUUGGAGAAGUCAACAAUAUCAUUAGUGGUCUACGAGGACGACACCACCUGGAAGUGAUUCCCUCCAACCCCCAGAGCAGUUCAACAACUUCCCCUGUUGGAGAUGACAACCCUCAAACUAUCCCUGAGAGUAUCUCCAGUCUACGCAGAGCUUUGAAUUCUUCCCAAGAAGAUAUUUCUCCUCUGCCGUCACCUCUUUCAAAGAUGUCCCAAGACCAUACGGACUCUGAGGGUGACGAAGAGAAGAAUAGACAAAGCUACAAAGUUAUUGUGUCCGAGGAUGAAAACGGAGAAAGAACUGAUGAAGAUGAAGAUGGGACGGACGGCAGAUGGAACGAGGAAGCUAAUGAUGAAGAAGGGGAAGAUGAAGAAUACGAUGAGGUUGUGGUAAAGCCAAGGCAUCUAAAUGAGGUCACCUCUUUAACAGACAAAACCAGUCCUUGGACCAGCAUCCUGUCAGAGCCCGACAUGGUGUCUUUGGAGAGCUUGGAGGCACCCGAGGAGCCGGGCCUGGGCCAAGACGAGGAUGAGAAGAGGCAGAUGAUAAAUCUGGAAACCCAUGACUCAAGUGACAAACAUCAAUGUCCAAGACUAGAAGAAAGUGACAGUUGUAAUGGAUCAGCAGGAGACGCUUCAGACACAGAGGGAGAUGAUGAAAGGACACUGCCAACUUUAGAUGAGAGACAAGCAAAGAUUCCCCACAGCCCCAACGAGGGGUCAGGUGGCAUAGGUCCAUCCGCCACCAUACAGCACACCUCAGAUACCCCUGAUGCUUCCCUGGACAAUCAAGAUUCACAGGUCCAACCCUCAGUACCUAAUUUCUUCCUCCCUUCUCACCAACUGGAGGAAUCUAUGAGAGCCAUACAGUUAGCUCCUUCCUUCUCCCAGUUGUCCAGUGACCACGGACAGAUCUCUCCAGUUCAGUGCUUUCCUCAUCGCAGAGGUCCUCCACGGCGUCCCAACAUGUCGCCAUCAUCCUUGAAGAAAGAGACUGAGAGAAUAGCAAAAAUCUUUGCAGCUCGCUUUGAUGAAAAUCAUUAAACAAGCGCCUUGAACAUCAGCGCAGCAUAGUAACCAGUCUAAACCGCAAACAAGACACCAGGGUGUUUGUUAAUGUGCCUGGUGCCUGAUGACACUGUUGCUGGCUGUUGUUGUGCUGUGGCUUCAAAACAAGGUGAAUCAUGAGCCAGAAAAC